CCUGUCACCCUUUUCCUCUUUAAAAGGCUGGUCUCUGUGAACUCUGAGCUCUGCUGAUCACGAUCAAGGUACUUUGGCUAUAAGGCAGUCAGGCUGCAUUCUGCCCAGGACAAAAAUAACAGGCGCAAAAUCGGGAGAGCCGCUAACGGAAGAAGCAGAAAACCAGAGCAAAUCCAAACAAAACCAAGAAGGACAAGUGGACAACCACGGCCGCCAAAGCUUUUCAGAUAUUCAGGAUGCAGAUUCAGGUUCUUUGUAUCAGUGAAAAUCAUAAUUUUAGCUCAGAGAAAAGGACUGAAGAGGAAAUUCACUAAUGAAUUUAUAGUAAGACUUUGGAAGUCAGAUGGAAAUGACAGCAACAUAUUUGACUGAGAGGCUGCAGAAUGGAUCCGUACUUUACUGAAAUACUCCAAAACCCCUAUUACAGCAGUAAAGGAAGUUACCAGUGACUGGGCUACUCAUAUAAGGUACAAUGAGCGCAAUUAAAUGCUUGUAUAAUCCUUUAUCUUAAAGAAAACACCAGUCCCACAGAUGACUAAAUUUCUAUUGGCAUCAUGGUCUCAGAAAACAGCAACUACAGAAAAUGCCAGAUGCAAAUAUCCUUCAACUGAUGCUCAGAAUCCUGGAGUGAAAGAACUAGUCAGGUAAGAUGUGAAUCACAGCAAAUGACCCAAAGACCAAACCUGUAUUUUCAGUUCAGCGUUUGGGUUGCUUCAGAGUGUGUGUGUGAGGUGCUGAUUGAGGACCCUCACUCACUGCAUUCAUGAUCAUGAUCACAGUGGCCUGGUCAUCGUGCUACGGCAGGCAGCGCUGGACCCUGUUCAUACGCUGCCAUUCUGCUGACUUCCAGGCGGAGCUGUACAUGUGGGAGAGAGGAAAUCGUGAGGGUUAUGCUCUCUCUCAAACACUCAGAGUAGGUCAAAGCGAUAAAUAACAAGUGCCGUACCUGAGGUGCUGUGAGGGACUGACAAGCCCUGGGACACGGUUACAUGGGACAGAGGAAUGUCGUCCUCAAUGCUGGCCUCCCUCAUGCGGAGUGGGCACUGCAAGGUGACGUGGGCUUUGGGAACGGCGUGCAGUAGAAGCAGCAAAUAGGACUGUAUGACCAGCACCACCGCCUGUGCCCGGUCAUCCCAGAUGGAGGGCAGGCCAAGCUUCGUGCUCCCAUAUAGAAAAUAGGUGAGCCAGGCGGCCCACAACAGUGCGGAGGCCAGGCAGGUGAGGAGUAGCCACACAGCACUGCGUCUCAACUGUGGCUGCCCUCUGCACAGACCAUAGGCCACACCCUCAGUAUGAUUAGGAGGUCAAUUCUGAAAGGGCCAUAGUGGGCAAUUUAAGCAGGGCAUUGGGAUACAUUCCUAAUCUUUUAAAAGAUGUCUAUGGAUCUUUUAUGUCCUCAGAGAGCCAGGAUAUCAGUUGUACAUCUCAUUUGAAGGAUGACAUCAUUUUUUUGCAGCAGUGUCCCUGUCACUGCACUGGGAUCCACACAGACCAGAUGAGGUCCCUGCGCACUGCAGUCUGCAGACGCAUCAUCAGUCGGUGGCUGUGGUCCAAGCACUGCCAACAUCCUUUCUGCAGCAGCUGAGAGAAGACGAUGAUCUGUCUCUCUGCCUGCCUACAAAGUUGCUUGCAGCUUCAGCCACCCAUUCUCUCCCGAAACGUAAUUGGACAAUGCAAUCAGUGCAAUCAUUACUGGCUGGACUUCAUUACUGGGGCUCGCCGCUGUGUCUGCGGACAUGCUGAUGGCUGCCAUGGUGAUGAAAAAUGACCCAAAAUCCAGGCAAGACAAAUUGUAAGAGGUAACAGGCUCUGAACCGGGGAAUCGCAACCGUCAAGGAUGCAGUGGAGAUGCUGGCCAGCUAUGGCCUGGCCUACUCCCUGAUGAAGUUCUUCACCGGGCCCAUGAGCGACUUCAAGAAUGUGGGACUGGUGUUCGUGAACAGCAAGAGGGACCGGACCAAGGCCGUCCUCUGCAUGGUUGCCGCGGGAACCGUGGCCAUCAUCUUCCACACACUCAUCGCAUACACCGAUUUGGGAUACUACAUCAUCAACAAACUUCACCAUGUGGACGAUUCUGUGGGCCAAAAGACCCGGAGGGCCUUCCUUUACCUGGCUGCCUUCCCCCUGCUGGAUGCGAUGGCCUGGACUCACGCCGGCAUCCUGCUGAAACAUAAGUACAGCUUCUUGGUGGGCUGUGCUUCCAUCUCCGACGUCAUCGCCCAGAUCGUGUUUGUGGCCAUCUUGCUCCACAGCCACCUGGAGUGCCUGGAGCCCCUCCUCAUCCCCAUCCUGUCCCUGUACAUGGGCGCCCUGGUACGCUUCACCAUCGUGGGCCUGGGUUACUAUAGCAACAUCCACGACAACAUUCCGGACUCCAGCGGACCUGAGGUGGGGGGAGACGCCACCAUCCGGAAGAUGCUGAGCUUCUGGUGGCCCCUGGCCCUGAUUCUGGCCACCCAGCGCAUCAGCAGACCGAUCGUGAACCUGUUCGUCUCCCGCGACCUCAAAGGGAGUGCGGCGGCCACAGAGGCUGUUGCUGUGUUAACUGCCACAUACCCAGUGGGUCACAUGCCCUACGGCUGGUUGACGGAACUGCGGGCGGUUUAUCCCGCCUUUGACAAGAACAAUCCCAGUAACAAGAUGACCACCAGCAGCAGCAUGGUAACCAAGUCACACAUCAAGAAGUUCACUUUCGUCUGCUUGGCGAUUUCCGUCACGCUGUGCUUUGUGGUGUUUUGGACUCCUCACAUCUCUGAGAAGAUCCUGGUGGACAUCAUCGGAGUGGACUUCGCAUUUGCUGAGCUCUGCGUCGCCCCCUUGAGAAUCUUUUCCUUCUUCCCUCUGCCUGUGACCGUGAGGGCCCAUCUCACUGGCUGGCUCAUGACGCUGAAGAAAACAUCAGUGCUGGCGCCCAGCUCGGUGCUGCGCAUCGUCGUGCUUAUCACCAGCCUCAUCGUGCUGCCCUACCUGGGGGUGCAUGGCGCCACGCUGGGAGUGGGCUCUCUGCUCGCUGGCUUCUUGGGCGAGUCCACGAUGGUCGCGGUGGCAGCUUGUUAUGUCUACCAGAAGCAGAAGAAAAAGAAAGAAACGGAUGAUGAUAUGGCAGCAGAGGGCGAGAACUUGCCUCCGAUGAACGAAGUGGGAUCUUGGAGACAGAUGGAGGACAUUGUGGAAAUAAGGGAAGAGGAGGACGAAUGAGGAGCUACAGCAGAGGUGGAAGGUGAUGGGAAGGCUGGGGUGUCCUUCUGCUUACCGAGAUGGCUUUGAGUGGCUCGCCAGCCCCCAACGUCCCUCUGGCUCAUCCAGCGCAGGUCUUCCAUAUGCCAAGAUGACCCGACUUGUGGGCACCGGCAGUGGACAGGCUUGUAGUAGAGCAACAUUCUGCGUCCACAACCGCGAUGUCAAAAAUUCCCCUCCUCUGUGCUGCUGUCCCACAUUCGACAAACGGUUUUAAACGUGUAACACGUGUCGGCCGUGAUUUCUUGGUGAAUUCUGUGGCUUUUUGUGGAAUGUAUGGGGAGACGAAGAAGAAACGGACUGGGGUCUUCAUUCAAGGAUCUGGGCUUUGUGUUUGUCAUUAAGCUACAGAACUCUCUUCCUCCCAAUUAAACAUUUAGGCUUUCAUCACACUAAGAGUAGAUAAAAAAAAGGUCAUUAUAAUGUGCUGAGUGUGAAAUGGAAACAAUUGUUUUAAUUGCAUUUGACUGCUGAGUUGGUGCUUCGGAGACAUUUAAGAUUUUUUUCCCCGUUUCAUUACAUUGUGUGAAUUCUGGUUUAUUUUGUAUGGGUGAUAUAGUAUUUGUGAGGCCUGAUUGUGAUAACUUGGAAAAUCAAGCUUAAAUGUCUGUUCACAACAGGUUUUCCUUUCCGUCUGGGAACUGAGCUCGAGAUGAGUCAUGUCUCCAUGACUUGCAUGCUAAUUUACAGUUUCUUUUAUGCCAGCAAAGAUUCACGAGUUCAGCAUGUACAAGCAUUCAUAAACUGUGCUUCUGUUGUAUUUAUUAUUAAUGUUAUUGUUAUUAGUCUGAACAUCCUUGUGGGUUGGAAAAUAUCACCAAACUCUGACUUAUGUUGAAAUACUGGUACCAAAUGAGAAAAGCCCUUUUAUGGAUUAUUUGUACUUAUAUGUCUUAUUUUCAAAUGGUUAAUAUAUUAUAUAAAUACUAUCACAUACAAAGCACAAAAAUAAAUAUUUUAUUUCAGUAAGAGACAGGUACACCCCAGUUCAAACACAUAUAAUAUCAGAACAAUGUUUAGUCAAUAAAUGUUUGUCUUAUUUA